AUGAAUGUUUACUACCUAGGUACUCUAGGUGAUGAUGUUGAGAUGACGGACUAUGAUGACUCGUCUGAAUCUUCCUCGAGUUCUGAUGACGGGCAUGGAUCUACCGCAUCUGACGAUAAUGAGACUGGUAGACUGGCUUCUGGGCCCAGCGCCGACAGCGAGUCCGAUUCUAAUCUGGGUGAUUCGGGAUAUGGCAACUCAUCCGAAGUUGGAGAAUCUGGAGAUGGAGAAUCUGGAGAUGGAGAAUCUGGAGAUGGAGAAUCUGGAGAUGGAGAAUCUGGAGAUGGAAAAUCUGGAGAUGGAGAAAUCACCACCGAAUCUGAGUCUGGAACCGAGCCUGGUUCCCACCCAUCCGGAGAUUCAAGAUAUAUUCACCAAGCUGAAAGAAUCAUUCCCAACCUUAGCCAAGAGUUUAGAUCCAAAAAUCAGCAGCAACGGAGGUCUGGAGAACGAAUUCGAGCACUCUCUCAGCAUCGCGCACGAUAA